CAUCCCUCCCAUCCUGAAGUGGAGCCGGGCCACAACUCCCUUAGACACUCAGAAGGGGACCAACAGGGGGCAUCCCAAAACGGAAGAUGGCGCUGAUGUGAGCUUCGAAGAUCUCUUCAACUGCAGAACCCACAAGGCCCCAAGGAUGACCAUGCUCUUAGGGAAGGCCGGCAUGGGCAAGACAACUCUGGCGUACCAACUCCGUCAGAAGUGGGCAGAGGGUCAGCUGGACCACUUCCAGGCCUUGUUCCUAUUUGAAUUCCGCCAACUCAACCUUAUCACACACUCCCUGACGCUGCGCCAGCUGCUUUUUGAUCUAUACUUGAGCCCUGAAUCAGAGCCCGAUGCUGUCUUCCAGUACCUGCUACAGAAUGCCAAUGAGGUCCUAUUAAUCUUCGAUGGGCUGGACGAGGCCUUGGAAACUGAGACCUCGCCUUGCCCAAAUUCAGCCCUUUCCCUCUUCUCUGACCUCUGCCGGGGGAAGCAGUUUCCCGGCUGCUGCGUGGUUGCCACCUCCCGUCCUGGGAAACUGCCCACCUGUGUGCCCACAGAGGCAGCCAGGGUGCACAUGUGGGGCUUCGACAGACCCCGGGUGGUGGAAUAUGUGAGCCACUUCUUCAGUGCACAGUCAUUGCAGGAGGCGGCCCUGGCUGAACUGCAAGCAGACAGACAGCUGUGGAACAUGUGUUCGGUGCCGGCACUGUGCCUGGCCAUCUGCCUCUGCCUCCACCAUAUGCUCCCUAGCAGCCCCCCAGGCCAGGGUGCGGCCCUCCUACCCACUAUGACGCAGCUCUACAUGCAACUGAUGCUCACCCUCAGCCCCCACAGGACCCUGCCAGACACUUUGCUGCUACGCCUCGGGGAAGUGGCCCUCAGAGGCCUGGAGACUCAGAAGGUCAUCUUCUACAUAGAAGACAUUGCCCCACCCCUGAUGGCUUUUGGAGCCACCCAUCACCUGCUCACCUCCUUUCGCAUUCGUGCAGGCCGGGGGCAUUGGGUCACAGGCUACGCCUUCACUCACCUCAGCCUGCAGGAGUUUCUGGCCGCCCUCCACCUGGUGGCCAGCCCCAGUGUGGACAACAACACACUCAUUCACCACAUCACUCUCAAUUCCCACUGGGUGCUACGGACCAAAGCCAAACUGGGCCUCUCGGACCACCUCCCCAUCUUCCUGGCAGGCCUGGCUUCCCGUGCCUGUCGUCCCUUCCUCAGCCACGUGGCGCAGCAGGAUGAGGCCUGGGUGGCUGCCAGGCAGACUGCCAUAGUGCAGCUGUUGAAGAGGAUGGCUGCCCGCCGGUUCACAGGGCCAAAGUUGGUAGAGCUGUGUUAUUGCGUAGCUGAGACCCAGGUGCCCGAGUUAGCCCAGCUCACUGCCCAGCGCCUCCCUGAUCAGCUGGCUUUCCACAAUUUCCCACUGACCUACAUGGACCUGGCCACCCUGGCCAGCAUUCUGGAGUACAGGACUGUCCCCAUCCACCUGGAGUUUGAGGGAUGCCUGCUAGAGCCCCACUGCCCCGAGGCUCUUACAGGCUGUAGGCAGAUAGAGAAUCUCAGCUUUAAAAGCAGGAAGUAUGGGGAUGCCUUUGUUGAAGCCCUCUCCAGGAGUUUGCCAACCCUGGGGAACCUGCGGAAGCUGGGGUUAACAGGAAGUAAGAUCACUUCCCAAGGCAUUGGCCACUUGGUGAAGGCUUUGUCUCAUUGUCCACAACUGAAAGAGAUCAGUCUGAACGACAACCAACUCAAGGACCAGGAAGUGCUGGACCUCAUGGAGGAGCUCCCUCAUCUUCCCUCACUCCAGAAACUUGAGCUGAGCUGCAACAGCAUCUUCGUGGAAACUCUACUGCGCUUGGUGAAGGUGGCAGUCACAUGCCCUACUGUGAGGACCCUGCAGGUCAGGGAGACAGACUUCACCUUUCAUUUUUCCCCAUCUGUAGAGGCAGCCACAGAGCCCCAAAGAGCUCCAGACCUACAGGAAACUGUCAGCCAGAAAGAAGAGACUCGGAGCAGGAGCCUGGCCCUCAGGCUCCAGAAAUGUCAGCUCAGGGUCCACCACGCGGAGAUACUCACCACCCUGCUCCAGGAUGGCCCGCCCCUGGAGGAACUGGACCUCUCAGAGAACCAGCUGGAAGAUGAAGGCUGUCGACUAGUGGCAGAAGCUGUGCCCCGACUGCGCAUCGCCAGGAAGCUGGAUCUCAGUGACAACCAGCUGUCUGUGUCUGGGCUGUCCCAUGUGCUGCGUGUGGUGAGCACCUGCUGGGCCCUGAUGGAGCUGCACAUCAGCCUGCUCUACAAAAUCACCGUCCUCACGUUCACCCAUGAACCAGAGGUGCAGGAAGGAGCCUGCCAGAGUGCCAUAUUUCUUGACAAUCACGUGUCCCCGGUGCCUGUUGAGCUGCCCCUGGGCUCCUGGAGGAUCAGGCUGACUCACUGCGGCUUCCAAGCCAAACACAUAGAGCCACUGUGCAAAGUGCUGCAAGAAAGCUGCUGCCUCAGGCCUCUGGACCACCUUGAUUUAUCAGACAAUGCUCUGGGGGACGAAGGUGCUGCCCUGCUGGCCCAACUGCUCCCAGGGCUGGGUCCCCUGCAGUCCUUGGAUCUCAGCAAGAACAGCAUGUCCCUGGAUGCUAUGCUGGCUUUGGCAGAGUGCAUGUCCUCGGUGCAGUGGGUGGCCCACUUGGAUGCCAGGUUGGCGUUGGCAGGCAGGCCUUUGCCAGACUCCCCAGCCGUAGCCGGUGCACAGUGCAUCCCCAGGAGCUUCCGCCUCAGGGAGUGUCCGUUGGAGCCCCCGAGCCUCAGCCACCUCUGUGAGACUCUACGAAAGUGCCCAGGGCCCCUGGAAAUCCAUUUGUCCUGUGAGGUCCUGACCGACCAGAGCCUGGAGACUCUGCUGUACUGCCUUUCCCGGCUGCCCCAGCUCAGGCUGCUGCAGCUGAGUGAGACGAAACUGACCCCAAGAAGCCCACUCCUGCUGGCUGACGUCAGCAGCCUGUGCCCUCAGCUUCAGAAGGUGGAACUCAGGUCCCUGUAUCAUAUGACACUGCACUUCAAGUCCGGGGAGGAGCAGGACAGUGUGAGCUGCAGGUUCACUGGCUGUGGCCUCAGUCAGGAGCAGGUGGAGCCACUGUGCUAUCUGCUGAGCAAGUGCAGAGACCUCUGGCAGCUGGACCUCUCAGAAAACCGGCUGGGUGAUGACGGCCUCAGAUGCCUUCUGAAAUGUCUGCAGCAGAUGCCCAUCUCAGGAUCGCUGGAUUUGAGUCACAACAACAUCUCCCAGGAAGGUGUCCUGCACCUGCUGGAGAUGCUGCCGUACUGCCCGCGCAUCCAGAAGGUCUCAGUGAACCUGGGCUCCAAGCAGAGCUUUUGCAUUCAAUUCUCCAAACAGGAAAAGGCUGACAAGAUGCUUAGGCUAAGUGAAUGCAACUUCCAGCCAGAGCAUGUGCACCAACUGGCCGGUUGCCUGAGCCAGGCCCCUCAGCUGGUAAAGCUCACGCUGAGCCAGUGCUUCCUGGACCUGCAACAGCUGAUGGUCUUCCUGCACCUGCUGAGGCAGCCAGCCGGGCAGUGCAGCCUCAGGGUGAAGGAGCCGUGGAUGAGAACAGCCAGUGUGUCCACCCUACUGGAAGUCUGCACCCAGGCCUCUGGCAGUAUCACUUCUAUCAGCAUCUCUGAGACCCAGCAGCAGCUCUAUGUCCAGUUGGAAUUUCCUCGUCAGAAAGAGAACCCAGAAGCUGUGGCCUCUAGAUUGUCUCACUGUGAUGUGGAGAUUCACCACAGCCUGCUGGAGACCUGUGCCAGGCUGCAGCAGCUCAGCUUGUCUCAGGUUGACCUCAGUGACACCAGCGACACCAGCAACACCAGCUCCCUGCUGCUGCUGUGUGGCCUCCUGCCCAACCUCUCUGAGCUCAAGAUCUUCCGGCUGACCUCCAGCUGCGUGAGCACCAAGGGCCUUUCCCACCUGGCAUCCGGUCUGAGCCACUGCCACCACCUGGAGGAGCUGGACUUGUCCAAUAACCAGCUGAAUGAGGCGGACAUCCAGGUGCUGCUGGCAGCCUUGGAGGGGAAGUGCAGACUGCAGCAGCUCGACCUCAGUCACAUGCCACUGGACAGCCCUGCUGUAGCCACACUCAUCCAGGGCCUCAGCCACAUGACCCUCCUGCAGAGCCUGAGGCUCAGUGGGAACCACGUGGAUGACAUCGGUUGCUGCCACCUUUCUGAAGCUCUCAGAGCUGCCACUAUGUUGGAAGAACUCAGGUUGGACCACAACCAGAUCGGAGAUGCUGGAGCCAAGCACUUGGCCACCAUUCUGCCAAGGCUGCCUCAGCUCAAGAAAAUCAACCUCUCAGCCAAUGGCGUUGGCCCAGCAGGGGGCAUGCUUCUGGCCACCUCCCUCACUCUUUGCAGGCACCUGGAGGAGCUGAGACUGGGCCACAACGCUCUUGGGGAUCCAACAGUUCUGCAGCUGGCUCAGGGGCUGCCCCAGCAGCUGCGGGUCCUGCACCUGCCGUCUAGCUCUCUGGGAACAGAGGGCUUGCUGAGCCUGGGCCAGGCUCUGGAUGGAUGCCCUCGCAUAGAAGACAUUAGCCUAGCAGAGAACAGCUUGGCCAGGAGCAUCCAGCAUCUGUGUAAGGGGUUCCCACAGCUCCUACGGCUUGAUCUGGCAUACUGUGCGAUUGACAACCAGGCUGCCAAGCACCUCAUUGCCAGCUUCCCGCUCUGCCCGGCCCUGGAGGAAAUCUUGCUGUCCUGGAACUCCCUGGGAGAUGAGGCCACUGCUGAGCUGGCCCAAGUCCUGCCACGGAUGCUCCGGCUGCAAAGAAUAGACCUGGAGAAGAAUCAGAUCACAGCUCGGGGAGCCUGGCUCCUAGCCGAAGGCCUGGCCCAGGGAUCCAGCAUCCAAGUCAUCCGCCUCUGGAAAAACCCCAUCCCCGAUGAUGCGGCCGAGCGUCUGCGGAGCCAGGAGCCCAGACUGGACUUCAAGUUUUUUGACAGCCAGGCUCAAGCCCCUGGGGAACCCUGAAGCACAUCCCAGGCCUUUGGACUCUGACCAUCUUCAUCUCCCCCUCCUCCCACUGCACCUGCUACAGGAAGGAGGGACAUGUUUGUUCUGUUGAAGUCCCUAGGAGUGACUUUCGGGAGCCCUGGUCAGAGCUCUGUCUGGCCAGAAGAGUACCCUGCAUCAUGCGUAACCUAUGGGGCACGGUGAGAGCAUCAAGAGGGAAUGAUGCAUGAUGUGGGAGGUCAGAAUGUGACCUUGACACCUGUCAUUGCAUGGAACCUCUGCAGGGUGACCCACAUGGCCCAUGGUAUGGGACCCAGCAUGAGCAGUGGCAGGACAUGUAACUGGUGGUCUGCAUGCAAUAUGCGACAUAUGACCCUGUCACAUGACCCGUGGCUGGCUGGACAACCUGCAACAGUCCUAGGAUCUAAUUUAUUACUGUAUUUAUAUCAAAUCUGCAUCAAUGGACUGUAGCUCCAGAGCAGCCAAGCCGGGGCUAGUCCUCCUCCCCCUGCCAGGAUGGAAAGACUAGCCACUGACCAGCCUAGGAGCCUGAGUCCCCACCUGCCUCCAGCCUCGGUUUUCCUAUCUGUAAAAUGGGUGAUCCCCCUCUUACAUGCAUCCAAAGGCUUUGGGCCCAGUUGCAGGUCCAGCCUGAUCAUUUGAGGGGCAGAAGCCAGCUGGUCUCAGAGAAGGGACAAAACCAGAUCUGAGAGGACAGGAGGAGGCAUGGCAAGGACUUAGUAAGGCCUUUAGGUUCAGCUACUACCUCAGCCCCCAGGGGCUUCUCAUGUUGCACAGAGUUCUUGUCACUCUCUUGGCAAGGAACCAAGGAUGCCAAGGAACCAACCAUGACAUUCUAAGCCAUUUGUAAUCAAUCAAUAUAUGGGGCCACCCAGCCUCCAGUCUAAGUCUGACGGUUUUCUCUUUCCUUCCAGGGCUGGGAGUGCCCUGGGACCUACAGAGCAGGGCAGCAGCACUGGCUCACUAGGGGUUUAGAUACAUUCAAGUUCAAGUUCAAGUUCAGAGCCUGUCUCUAGCUGGUCAUGUGAUCACAGGGAGCUUACCUUCUCUAUGACCUGUGCAGAGGUGCCUAGGGAAGCCCAGCAUAUCAGAAACACUUCUGUUUGACUUGCAUGAAAUGUAAACUCUUCUUCGUAUUAAUUGUCACUUUGAUGUAGGAACUUUUAAGAAAAAUUGUUAAAGUUUA